AUGAAGGAACAGCAACACCAAGCUUUCCUCAUUGCCGAAGUCAAGCCGAAUGGCGACGGUCCAGCCCGUUAUAGGUGCCUCGGAGCGUAUAAGCACGCUUGGUGCUAUAGCUCUGCCCCUGUCAAGGCUGCCCACCGAUUUAUCACCCUGCUAAAGCAACAGCCCAACGCUCAAAUCGUGCGCGAGGAGCUUCGAAGCGUUGAGGGCAAGUACGGCGCGUUUGGCGAGGAAGAGCCCAAGGUGCCGCGGCUACCGUGCUCGUAUGCGAUGUUCCUGCUACACAUGGCGUUCAACGUCGACUACGACGAGAACAGCCCCAGCCUGAGUGGUUGCUGGUUCUCGGCGACUUUGGGCACCUUCCACAAUGUUCUACACGCGGGAGCGAAGGUCUGGAAGAAAGGCAUGUCUUCUGGAAGACUGAGGCUUCUGUAA